CCCCGUAUUAUAAAACUUUUGACUUACCAUAAUAGUAACUCCCCGAGUUACUAUUAUGGUAGUUACCAUCAAUGGUAACUACCAUCGGAGCUUAAUAUCCGUUGCAUAAAACCGAUAUUAACUAAUAUAAGAAAAACCCGCGAAUGGUCUUCUUGGACGAGCCAGAAAUUUUAGCGCAUGCGCAAUACCCGUCGUCUGCUAGAUAUAGCCACUGAGAUAAACACCGAAGACGGCUGCUGCUAAUCUACAAUUAUCGUCAAUCGAAAUGGUGAAACGCAGGCCGAACUUGACAGGUCGGGAUGUCCGCUGCCUGGCAGACUACGUAAAAAAGAACCGCCAAGCUUUGUUCGGCAAAGCGGGGAACUGUGUGGAAAAGAUCAAAAAACGAAAAGAGGAUGCAUGGGCCCUAGGGCUCGUAUCCCUAGAGGCCCAGGGACUCCAACCAGGUAGAACAGUAAAGGACUUGCGUCUUACCUGGAACGAAAUGGCGGCAAAGGCUCGAAAGUACAGGGACUCAAAGAACAAGACAGGAGGUGGACCACCAGUGGAAUAUAAUGAGAAGCACGAGGCAGUACUGGAGGCAAUGGUGGAGGAGAGUGUGGAGGGCAUUCUGGGGCCAGAAGAGGAGGCUGGAUACCUAGCUCUCCCUUCGAGCCAAAUGUCACAGACAGCAGAAAAUGCCAUGGCUGUGGCCAUGAUGGUUAACACCAUGGUGGGUGGCAUAUCUGUGCCGGCCCGGGACCCACAGACCAGUACUAGUGCAGCCAGCAGUGCCGGACCACCAAUAGACCAGCCUGUUCUAGUAGGGGAUAGCACGGCCAAAGACACCAAAAAGCCAAUCAGCUGUUAUGAAGAGAGACUUUUGGAGAUAGAGGAGGAAAAGUUAUUAGUCAUGAAGCGUGCGCUUCACGUUUUCGAAUUAUUUGUCUUUAAUCAAAAAGAGGUUUAAAAUUGUUACUUUGUUUGUUUUGCAAAUUCCAUGUUAAUUUUGUUUUUAUUCAUGAUAACUUUACCUUUCAGUAUUCAAAAAGAUUAUAUCAUUGUGCAUUUUGGAACUAAGGAAAUUAGGUUUCCCAGAAAUCUAAUAUGAAUAUGUCGUUAUUAAAAAUGAAUUGACUAUGCAUGAGCGUUCCACGGGACUCCCCCCCCCCCCAGUCAGGUUUGGAUGAAAUAUGUGGCCUGCUUCUGAAUAGAACAAAUUACAAAUUCAGGAGAUAAACUCUUCCCAUAUAUUAUACUGUAAAUUAACUGCAUCUAAAGAUAACAAUGUUAUGAGGCCAAU